AUGGAAACAGAGAGAAUAAAAGAUUGUUCUGUACCUGAUAUGAAGUUAAAGUUAAUUUCUGAAAGAUCGACAGAUAAAAGGAUUUACUACCAACCAACUGUUUUAGAGGUUGUUGCACUAAUUGUUGGAGAUGUUGAUACAUGUUCUAAAAGGGAUAUUAUACUUGAAAGACAUGGUGGAAGACUGAAUAUAAUUAGUGAGUUUCAUCCAAGUUAUCUAGCGUAUCAGUAUCCACUUUUGUUUCCAUACGACGAAGAUGGUUAUAGACUUGGACUGCUUCAUAGAGAAACAAGAAAAAAUAAAGAAGUAAAUAUUGAGGGAUCAAACACAGGUAAAAGAGUGGUGCUACCGUCAAGUUAUGUUGGAAGUCGGAGGUUCAUGGAACAACUUUAUUUUGAUGGAAUGGAAGAAGCAUCAAUGUCUCAUAAAAACUGCUUUAAGGCUUUGGAUAAAACGCUUAAAUACGACAUGAGUGAGUUGGGUCUUGAUAAUACAAUAUUUGGUGGAGAAGUUAUUGUUUUUGGAGGAGAUUUUAGACAAAUUCUUCCUGUUGUUCCAAGAGGAGUCCGCUUUGAUAUAGUACAUGCUUCAAUUAGCUCAUCAUAUGUAUGA